GUUGAAUAUGUUUAACAAAAUAUUGAGUUAAUUUUAUUUAAAUAUUAAAUAUAUUUACAGCAGAUAAUUGGAUCUCAAUAAAUUUUAAAGAUAAAUUUUUUAUCUACCUUACACAAGACAGAUUGUGUAAGACAGAUAGGAGGGCCCCAGCAUCCUUCGCUUCGCAUCGUCCUCCCAAAACAAACCCAACACACGCACCGCCGGCGCCCCGCCCCUCGCCCUCUCCACCGGCCGGCAUCGGGCGCCGCUAAUCCACCCACUCAAUCCCCCGGGCGAAGCCAGCUCGCUGCUGCCGCCGCGUCUUCUUCGGCUCGCCUCCGGCGGGAGCCAGAUGCUGUCGAGGCUCUCCCGCGCCGGCCUCCGGGCCCUGAGCCGGGCGAGACCAGGUACAAAUUCAGCUAUUCCAAAGAGCCACGAAGUAGAGGCCAUUAGCGCUCAUAUGGGGAGGAAACUCUUCUCUUCUACCACAAACACUAGAGCCGGUGACAGUAAUAACAAACCAGAAGCUAAGUUUGUGGCCUGCUUUGGUGCAUACAUCUCCCGAUUAAGUACAUUGUCAAUAAUAUCUGUGACUUUUGUCGAUAAGGAUGGUGAGGAAAAGCUUGUUAAAGUUCCUCUUGGAAUGUCAAUGCUAGAGGCUGCUCAUGAGAAUGACAGAGAACUUGAAGGAGCAUGUGAAGGCUCUCUUGCAUGUUCAACGUGCCAUGUGAUUGUAACGGAUGUAAACUACUACAACAAAAUGGAAGAUCCUGUGGAUGAAGAAAAUGAUAUGCUGGACCUUGCUUUUGGGCUUACUGAGACAUCUAGCCUUGGUUGCCAAGUAAUUGUAAGCCCUGAGCUUGAUGGCAUACGUUUGGCACUGCCAUCAGCAACCAGAAAUUUCGCUGUUGAUGGGUAUGUUGCGAAAUCACACUGACUGGCGGAGAGCAUUAAGAUCAUGAAAGUCGCAUGUUGGAAUUUGGGGUACCUGGCUACCUGCUCAGUUUAACAGAAUAAGAGAAUCAGAUAUAAUGUUUGUUAUGCUUGUCUUGUCAUAUCUUCAAUUCUGAAUUUCAUAUUAACCUGAUUUCCUUCUCUAAUUUUGGUGAGAUGGAAAAUCCAUCAAUUUACUAUUUCAGUAACUUUUUUAGUUGGCAGAAGUCAUACAUUUAUGGUCAUACUGUUGAGUAUAUAGAAUGCCAAAUGCUUGAAAGCAUAA